AAAACCACCUGAGCCUGAACACUUGUAUCGUUACUAACCGAACUUUCGUUUUUCCUGACAGCCUCCAUCGUUACUAUCGAACUACUACUCCCUCUAUAAAUACCCCCACCGCUCUUACACUCUCCCAUCUCUAUCUCCUCUGCAUCUCGCCCCUCCAAAAUCUCCCCUGACCCCGCCGGAGCUCCUCCUCGUAUCCUACAUUGUCCAAGGUGCUUCUCGCUUGUGCCUGGCUCUUCUCGUCUUUGUCGCCCGAUUCCCCUCCCCAGUUUUUCCUUUUUCAUAAUUGUAUCUUAAUCAUCUUCUCUUUCGGUUGUGGGUGAUGUUUUCUCUCUGAAUAGAGACAUUCUUUAGCUCAAUUAUACUUCUCACUCACUAAUCAUCGUUGUUGCUGAAAACCCAAUGCUUAAGGUUUAGUGUUGAUUCGAAUGAACCUAAUGCUUCAUUUGGAUUAGUGAAUUUAAAGUUGAAUGUUGGUUGAUCAUUUGCUUUCUUAGGGUUAUUCUAAUUUCUACACCUUUUACAUGGUUUUAUGAGCACAUGCACAUAUAUACAUAUACACUUCAAAUUUGAGACAUUAUAACUUUGUCUGCAAUUUUCUAGGGAAAAAAGUAAAUGGGUCCCUACAUAAUCGGUGUCCUUGUUCCUCUAGCUAUUACAACUCUUCUCCUUCGAAAUUCAAACAACAGGAAGAAGAAACGCGGUCUCCUUGUUGAUGUGGGUGAUGGGGAACCAGGUUAUACUAUCAGGAACCAUAGGUUUACUUCCCUAGUGGAAACAUCAUGGGAUGGAGUGACUACUCUUGCUGAUCUUUUUGAAUAUGCUUGCAAAAAGUAUUAUGAAAAAAACUUGCUUGGGACCAGAAGACUUGUCUCCAAAGAAAUGGAGAAAUCCUCGGAUGGAAGGUCUUUUGAGAAGCUUCAUUUGGGGGGUUAUGAGUGGUUGACUUACGGACAGGCUUUCAAGUUUGUGUGUAACCUCUCAUCCGGGUUAGUGCAUAUGGGGCAUGAAAAGGAAGAAAGGUUAGCCAUUUUUGCAGAUACAUGUGGGGAAUGGUUAAUUGCACUUCAGGCUUGCUUUAGGCGCAAUGUGACUGUGGUAACUAUUUAUGCAUCUUUGGGCGAAGAGGCCCUCUGCUACUCUCUAAAUGAGACAGAGGUUACAACUGUAAUUUGUGGACAAAAAGAACUGAAGAAGCUUAUUGACAUUGGUGGGCAGCUUGAUACAGUGAAACGCAUUAUAGUAAUGGAAAAUGAUAUUUCAUUGAAUGAAUCAACAGUUACUGGAAACUCAAGCUGGGUGAUAUCAUCCUUUUCCGAGGUUGAGAAGCUUGGACGGGAAAAUCCCGUUGAGCCUGAGUUACCUCUUGCUUCUGAUGUUGCUGUGAUAAUGUAUACCAGUGGAAGCACUGGUUUGCCUAAGGGUGUGAUGAUGACACACAGGAAUGUUCUAGCAACGGCUUCCGGUGUUAUGACAAUUGUUCCUGAGCUUGGAAGCAAAGAUGUCUACUUAGCAUACCUUCCUCUUGCUCACAUUCUAGAAUUAGCGGCAGAGACUAUUAUACCAGCAAUUGGAGGCUCUAUAGGAUAUGGUUCUCCUUUAACACUUACUGAUACUUCAAAUAAGAUAAUGAAGGGAACAAAAGGAGAUGCUUCCGCGUUAAGGCCGACAAUAAUGGCUGCUGUUCCAGCAAUUCUUGACCGUGUUCGAGAUGGUGUGAGAAAGAAGGUAAAUGCCAAAGGAGGUCUAGCAAAGGUAUUGUUUGAUUUAGCAUAUGCGCGUAGGUUGUCUGCAGUCAAUGGCAGUUGGUUUGGUGGGUGGGGAUUGGAGAGGAUGUUGUGGAACUUUCUAGUGUUCCGAAAUGUUCGGGCAGUUUUAGGUGGACGUAUUCGUUUCAUAUUAUCAGGCGGGGCUCCUCUUUCUGGAGAUACUCAAAGAUUCAUCAACAUAUGUCUCAGUGCUCCCAUUGGUCAAGGGUAUGGUCUCACGGAGACAUGUGCUGGUGGUUCUUUUAGUGAAUAUGAUGAUACAUCCGUUGGUCGUGUCGGUGCACCAUUGCCGUGCUCAUACAUCAAGUUGAUAGAUUGGCCUGAGGGAGGAUACCGAACAAGUGAUUCACCAAUGCCUCGUGGAGAGAUUGUUAUAGGCGGGCCAAAUGUCACCCUUGGGUACUUCAAAAAUGAAGAAAAAACAAAAGAAGUCUACAAGGUUGAUGAGAGAGGGAUGAGAUGGUUUUUCACUGGUGAUAUAGGGCAGUUUCAUAAUGAUGGCUGCCUUGAGAUUAUUGACCGCAAAAAAGAUAUCGUGAAACUUCAGCAUGGUGAAUAUGUUUCUCUGGGCAAGGUUGAGGCUGCUCUAUCUACCAGCCAGUAUGUUGACAAUAUAAUGGUGCAUGCGGAUCCCUUCCAUAGUUACUGUGUAGCUCUGGUGGUGGCUGCGCAGUCCGCUUUGGAAGAUUGGGCUGCAAUGCUUGGAAUUCAGUUUGUAGAUUUCUCAGACUUGUGCACUAAGGUUGAGACGAUGAAAGAGGUCUACACUUCACUUGUAAAGGCAGCAAAGGGUGCCCGCUUGGAGAAGUUUGAGAUCCCAGCAAAAAUAAAACUGAUUUCUGAGCCGUGGACUCCAGAGUCCGGCCUAGUCACCGCUGCACUCAAACUGAAGAGAGAUGUCAUCCGGAAGACUUUCUCCGAGGAUCUUACGAAGCUAUACUCAUCCUGAUUUCGAUCUUUUCUUCUUCAUAUCAGAAGUGUCUGUAUGUGGUUUAUUUUCUCUGUGGUUUAAAUAUUUCUUUGUAUAACAUUUGUUUAUUGUUUUUUUCAUAGUCUCCUGUGUCAGUUACCUUUGUAAAAAAACAUAAACAAAUCUGUGUUUGUCAAUUAGUUUUAUAGAGUUCAAUAAAGUUAAGCUCAUUAGUUUAUUCUGUUUACGAAGUUGAUGUUCUUGGUGGGAUGUUUGUUAGUUCAACAAAUCUUAUGUCGAUCAAUCGGCUAUACCUUGUGCACAA